UUUACCUUUAAAACGCAUCUUAGGGGUGCGUUCCAAAAAAAUUAGUGCUAGUUUUGUAAUUUUUUUUAUAUGGGUGCUAGUUUUGUAAUUAUUUUUUUUAAAGGUGCUAUUAUUGGAAAAAUCUCUCAGUUUGGCGUAUAGUUUAACUUGUUUGAAUGUCCAAAUUUACAUUGAAAUGGAAUUAGCUUAUAAGUAAUAACUUGUCAUAGCCAAUAGAUGAAUUUAACAAGUUCACAGAAUGGUAUUUUAGUGGUAUAAUUAUGAUUUAACGGAUCAUACAUUUUCUUUUGGGCGAUUCUGGAUAUCAUAGUGGUACUUGAGAAAAGAAGUUCAAGGACUUACUUGACCUGUUAUCCUUAUUGAGAUAGCUCUUUAACAAGUCAGAAGAUUUUGUCUUUGUUUCCUUUUCACAGUUGUUCAUGAUUUGUAUACUUUGGGUUGUUGGUUCGUAUAUUUGUACUAUCUAGGUUGUAUAAACUUUAACAUUAGUUUUAUAAUUUUAUUAUAUGAUUUUGGUUAAAAACUAAAAGGACAAAAAAAAGGUGAGAAUAUAGCUUUCUUAUUCAUGGGUUCCUUGAUAUAAGAAGAUAUGCUCUUUAUAGACACAUAUUACACAACCUCUACAUUCUUACAAUCAAAAUAGAUGAAUGUGAUAAUGAAUGGGAAAUGGGGUGAGGGAUUACAUGUAACACCAAAUAGUGCAUCUAAUGUAAUGGUUAUCCACAUGAAUAUUUACAUAAUACUCCUUCUUGGAUGACCACUAGAUCGCAUUACGCUAUCUCAUGCUGCCUUAUUAAAAACCUUACCAGGAAACCUCUACAUUCUUACAAUCAAUAUACAUGAUUAUCGGUAUCAUUUUUCCUAUUGAUAGUCCGUAAGAUUCUCUGAUGUGUUAAAUUAUAGAUCUUUAACCAAAUAUAUUCACUCAUGAUCUUCAAAAUAGUGAUAAAGAACUUGAGUGAAAUAUGUUUUGUUCUAUCCCCUUUAAUGUAUCUUUCCUUUAAUUAUUUUUUUGUUUAUCAUUUUUAUUAUUAGAAAGUAAACAAAAUUAAGAAAUUAAAAAAAAUUAUUCCCUGGUAGCUGACGUGGCAAGUGAGGUGGACCUUGACUAACAAUCAACUCGAUUGACCGUCUAAUUUGAUGGGCAAACCUGCCUUCGGGCCAAAUAAAGAAGUAUGCUAUAUAGUUUAGACUAGAAUAGCAAUUUCUGAUAACACUAGCAAAAAUAGAAAGUUUGUCUAUAGUUCGGGCCAAACUAAAAUAUUAAAAAAAAAAGCUACAAUACCUCUUUCAGGAACCCACUCGGGACUCGGGAGUCGCUCGCACAGCAGAAACGUUAAAAUGCCGCCCCGUGAUUUGUUUAACAGACAACGAAGGGUUCCUAGGAACGUCCAUUGUGCCACGUCAUCGAGUCAGUCGAUGAUUCCGUAGGGUGGCAGUACACCUUAUCAUAGCACUCCAUCGUCCCUACUCCCUUCCUUACCUUCCUUCGCACAGGAAGUGCCAUAUCAUCACCCACAGACUCUAUCGAACUGCACGGAUUGCUCAUUUUUCUCCGUCAAUCCGAGAAGCAGCGAACCUCCGUGGACUCUGGAGCUCUAUCUCCAAUGGCUUCCCUGCUAAACACAGCUCUGUCCGUCGGUUUGACAUCAAAUGGGCGCGCCAGACGAGUUCGGGCUCGGUCACUCGUUUCUCCAGCUUCUGUAUCUUUCUCAAGGCGUCGGCUUACGAUUAUAGCUGCAGAGACUGAUACCAAUGAAGGGACGGUAAAACCUCAGGUACCAGAUAAGGCGCCAGCCGGUGGCGGCUCGAGCUUCAACCAGCUUCUCGGCAUCAAAGGAGCUGCUCAGGAGACUAAUAAAUGGAAAAUUCGUCUUCAACUAACAAAACCCGUUACUUGGCCUCCCUUGGUCUGGGGAGUAGUUUGUGGAGCUGCUGCUUCUGGAAACUUCCAUUGGACAUUGGAGGAUGUUGCUAAAUCAAUAGUAUGCAUGAUGAUGUCUGGCCCAUUUCUAACUGGCUACACACAGACGAUAAACGACUACUAUGACCGUGAGAUUGAUGCGAUCAAUGAGCCUUAUCGGCCAAUUCCAUCUGGAGCCAUUUCUGAGGAUGAGGUUAUUACUCAAGUCUGGGUGCUGCUUCUUGGAGGCCUAGGCUGUGCUGGUAUAUUGGAUGUUUGGGCAGGACAUACCUUUCCCAUAGUUUUCUAUCUCGCUUUGGGUGGGUCAUUGCUCUCGUAUAUAUACUCUGCUCCACCUCUAAAGCUUAAGCAGAAUGGAUGGAUUGGGAAUUUUGCGCUGGGCGCGAGUUAUAUCAGUUUGCCUUGGUGGGCGGGUCAGGCUCUGUUUGGGACACUUACACCUGACAUAAUUGUUCUGACACUACUGUACAGCUUAGCCGGGCUGGGAAUUGCGAUUGUAAAUGACUUCAAAAGUAUUGAAGGAGAUCGAGCGAUGGGCCUCCAGUCGUUACCUGUGGCUUUUGGUGCUGAGGCUGCUAAAUGGAUCUGUGUUGGUGCCAUCGACAUAACUCAGAUAUCUAUAGCUGGCUAUCUCCUUGGAGCUGGAAAACCAUAUUAUGCCUUGGCCCUACUCGCUUUGAUUAUUCCGCAGGUCUUUUUUCAGUUCCAAUAUUUCCUGAAGGACCCUGUCAAGUACGACGUCAAGUAUCAGGCGAGCGCCCAGCCAUUUCUGGUGCUAGGUCUGUUGGUGACUGCUCUUGCAACUAGCCACUAGGCUUUUAUCCUCAAACAAAAGUUCCAUAAUUACGAGGAGACGGAAGAACGGCAUCUACAGCAAGACUGAUGACACGAACAGCUUUCAGCCGUGGACAGGCAUGCACCGGGAGAACGAGAGGCCCUCCCAUAUUCAAGAGUAGUCUGAGCUUUUGGCCUCCCCAAGUAGUCGAGGCUUCUGGUGGUUUUAUGUCUCGAGAGCUAAAAUUCAGAAUCAGCUAAGAGCUUUAUAUCCCUUUUUUUUUCCCCCUCCGUGGAAAUGUAGCGUUUUCCGGUAGUGUGUUGGAAUGGAAUCCCGGCAUCGUUUUGUUGAUUAUCAACGUUCCAUUGUUCUUUCUUUGUGCCUUUGUUGGAACGUGAAACCUGCGGUUCUCUAAAAUCAAGUCAUUUCUCUAAA